UAGAGUACUUGUCUCACUGUCAAUAUUUUUAAUCCGAGAUAAGUUUGUAUUCGUUUCUAUUGGAAAUAAUAAUCGAAAAAGAUGAAUAUAAAAUAUUUGUUAUUAUUUGUUUGUUUUCUACAAAUGUCACAUUAUUGCUACGCAGAUGAUGAUCUAUCGUUAUCAAAUGAAUUAGAUAGAGGCCUGCUUCCAAAUUGUUCCUUGACUCCUGAGGCGAUUUCAUUUAUUCUUUUUACUAGGGAAAUCCCGAAUGGUAUUGUUCUUACACAACAGAAUUUAACGAAUGUCGAAAUAUUUAAAAAAUCUGAUAUAUCGUCAAAUUCGGUUAUAUUCCUUAUACAUGGUUUCCUUUCAUGUCCAAAUCAAACAAACUUCCUGGAUGUGACAAGAGCUUUGAUAAAAAAAGAUAAGUAUAUGGUCAUCUCGAUCGAUUGGAAGGAUGGCGCUUGUACUAAACAACCUAUUUAUAAACAGUGCUUCGGUUACUUUCAAUCCGUAAAAAAUACACGCAUAGUUGGAAAAUAUAUUGCUCAUUUUAGCAAGAGACUUAUACAAGAACAUAAAUUGUCGGUAGCAAAGGUACGACUGAUAGGGCAUAGUUUGGGCGCACAUAUUGCAGGUUUUGCAGGGAAAGAAUUUCAAAGUUUUCAAUUCGGAAAAUAUCCUGAAAUUAUUGGGCUUGAUCCUGCUGGGCCUUCGUUCAGUUCAAAUAAAUGUCCUGAAAGACUCUGCGAGACAGAUGCAGAUUAUGUUCAAAUUAUACAUACAUCAAAGUAUUUCGGAAUAGAGAAAACCAUUGGUACCGUCGAUUUCUACAUGAAUAACGGAACUAAUCAACCCGAUUGUAGUAUACCGGUAGACGUUUGCUCUCAUUCGAAAGCCGUGAUAUACAUGGCUGAGUCCAUAAAACACGAAUGUUGUUUCAUUGGGAUACGGCACUCAAAGAGUUCGCAGCCUAUUUCGUCGUGCACAAAACAGGAGUGCGUUUGCGUUGGAUUAAACGCAAAGAAGUAUCCUAGUAGAGGUUCAUUUUAUGUACCGGUUGAAAGUACUGCUCCUUUUUGCAAUAACAAGGGGAAGAUAAUUUAAUAAUAUAAAAAAAAAAUUUCCAUUAACCGAAAUGCAUUUGUUAAUGAUGAAAUGAAUGAAUGAAGAUUUAAUAAAUAAUCGUAUAUGUAGAAUGUUUCCAAAUAUAAUUGGAAAAUAUGUACUGGAUGACCGUAGCAAAUUUAAAAAAUAAAAAAAAAAUUAUAUGA